AUGAACACCUUUGCCCUUUUCAGGGAUGAGGUGCACAAAGAUAUGGACAAGGUUAAUCGCCAUCGUGCGAUAGAUGAUGGGUUCCUGUCACUUAGACUUAGCCUCGGAUCGCCUGUUGAAACGAGCAACAAGGACGAAGUGGUCGUCAAUGGUGGCUCGCCGCUGCGACUGCGAGGGCUACCUCUUUCAGGCCGUCGUGUCCACGCGGACACCGGCAACGACGACGGUUACCUGCAGCUGGCCCUCGCGCUGCGCCGCCACCCCGCCGACGAGCCAACGACGGCGCUCGCCAAGAGGCAGAAGACGGUCAGCAGCAGCAGCAGCGGCAGCGGCAGCGUCUGCGGCGAACACGGUGGCGCCGCCGUGGCGGCGGCGCCGGCGCGCCACGACGACCGGCCUUGCACAGCCACGGCGACAUCGACGUCGACGGCACCGGAGAGGAGGCCAGGUCGGGUCGUGCUCAGGACGCGGUGCAGCGCGCCCACGGUGAAGGACGGGUGCCAGUGGCGCAAGUACGGGCAGAAGACGGCGAAGGGGAACCCGUGGCCGCGGGGGUACUACCGGUGCACCGGCGCGCCGGGCUGCCCCGUCAAGAAGCAGGUGCAGCGCUGCGCCCGCGACACCUCCGUCCUCGUCACCACCUACGACGGCGUCCACAACCACCCCCUCACGCCCUACGCCGCCGCGCUCCCGCUGCCGUCGACGUUAUCGGAGCGCCAGGGCGCGCCGGCGACGGCGGCGACGAGCACCUUGUCGCCGACGCCGCCGCCAUCGUGGAGCCAACAGCACCCGGUGCAGGACGUCGUGGCGAAGGCGGCCCUGGACCCCAAGUUCCGCGCCGCGGUGGCGGCCGCCGUCGCCAGCUACGUCCGCGAGCAGGGCGGCGGCGCCGGGGAGCUCUUCAACCUAGCUCCUCGCUGCUGACCAAACGAAGUAUACAAAUGAUAUUUGCUGAUGCAUACAUGUACAUUUUAUUUGUUCAAGUUCGUAUGUACAUUUAAUUUCUUUUUUGCCAUUUUUAGGUUAAAAAAGUAGUGUUGCAUUGGUUAGUUUUGUUUAUUUAAA